AUGUUUCCCGAUCAAUCCGAAUUGGCAUUAGUUCAGAAAGCUUCCAUCAAAGCUGCUUGGAAGAAGCUUCAACAGCUGCCUGCACCAUCGCAAGCACCUGACCCAGCAAGCCAGGCUGCAAGCUCAGUUAGCUCUUGGAAUGAGGUGCAAGCACCCAAACUCAGUGCUCAGACCUUGGCGGAAUUGAAACGUGCCUUUUUCAGAGAUUAUCCAUCGGAAGUUCUUAGUCCGGACACUUGUCCAUCAGGUAGACUGAUUGCAAUGGCCCACGGCCAGGUCCAGAAGAAAGACAUUGCUUGGAUCCCAUGGAAAUAUAGAUUAUCCCACCAACGGCUUGAGGAAGUUCAAAUGGCUCGACCCACCAAGAUGGCCAAAACCGAGCAUACCAGCCUUCACCAAUUGCUCUGGGACGACCCUCCCAGCAUAGAAGUGUCUAAUGCCAACAUGGGCUAUAUUGGCAUCCGCAAUAUGCUGGAGUUGAAUGCCACGGCUUAUGCAUUAGUUCAGGGUUGCCAUCUGGGUCGCAUCAAGGCGUACAACCUGAAAUUCUUAGGCUUGAUUUCCACCCGACUCGACUCAGAACUGGGGCUCCGCCAUGUCACAGUCCUGGAAGCGCAAGCAGCAGACCGGAUGUUAUGGGGUAUCAUAGCUGACCUAACUACAGAUAAAGGACGAAUUUUUACUGACAUUUUCUGUGGCUUCGACAGCCCCCUGGCCUCCGCCAUUUUGGCCAAUGGAGGCCAAGUAUUUCGA